AUGCUGCCCUACCAGACCCCCCGAAUCGACAAGCCCAGUCUACCGGCACAUUGUGAGCCAGCGGACGAGUUCCUCCAAGCCCUAUCUAUAACCUUCCACACCUGCAUACCCUCCUACCUCGCCCUCUUAUCCACGCUGCUCGGCACGUGCAGCAUCAUAUCCUGGCUCUUUGCGCAACUACCGCAGAUAUACAAGAACCACAAGCUCAAGUCGACGUCUGGGCUGAGCGUGUACUUCCUGACAGAGUGGCUGUUGGGGGAUGUGACGAACCUCUUAGGCUGCCUGUUCACAGGACAAGCGACGUGGCAGAUUGUCAUCGCGGGAUACUAUGUCUUUGUAGACUGUGGGCUGACGGGCCAGUGGGUGUGGUAUGAGCUCUUGCACCACGGCCGGCCACUCCGUCCCAUCUGGGGACGCUGGAGGAGUGGAGAGAACGACGGUGGGAAUGGAACGGGCGGCAUGCAGCAAGUGUCCAAAGGCAAGACGCCAGACACACCAGACGCAAAGUCGGACAACAAGGAUAUUGAAGUCCAGCGCUCCGCUCCUCUCGACGCGUUCCGCAUACCCGACUUUGCACGCUCGCCCAGUGCCGUCAAGGACUCGUACGCAGUUUCGCCAACCGGAAUACCCGGCACAACUGGCACGCCGGGCACGCCUUCCAACCCCAAUAUCCGCCGCGUAGCAGCCUCAAGCUCGCCCAUGCCGUCUCCGAAAACCAUGCUCUGCAUCACACUCGUCUUCGCUGUCCUUUCGCAGGGCUCGACUGCGCGACCGACAUCUUCCCCGUCUCUCCCCAUAUCUGCCUUUUCGCACCACACAGGCAUGACGACGCGCGAACUCCUCGGCAAAAUCUUCUCCUGGUCCUCGACGUUCCUCUACCUGGGCUCGCGGCUCCCCCAGCUCUACAAGAAUCAGAUCCGCCGCUCGACCGCCGGCCUCUCGCCCUCACUCUUCGCCGCUGCCUUCUUCGGCAACCUCUUCUACAGCACCUCGCUCCUCACCAACCCCAGCGCCUGGCAAGACUUCCCUCCAAACAGCGGCUGGUCCGAAACGGGCAGCACGCGCUCAGCCUGGAUCCUACGCGCGCUGCCCUUCUUCCUGGGCGCUGCCGGCGUGCUCCUGAUGGACUUUGCCGUGGGCCUCCAAUUCUUUUAUUUCGGCGACGGCGCACUAAAAGACACGCGCGGACGCACCAUGGCGCGCGACGACGAGAUCAUCCUCACGCUCGACGACCACGGCGUCCCCAAGAGCCGCCGCCUGCACUGGCGCCGCGUCUCGGGCUGGAUGCGCGGCUGGGCCCCCGCCGUCAGCGUCGCUGCUACCCCGUCCGUCAGCAGAGCCACCACGCCUGCGCACACGCCUACGCCGCGCAACCAGAGCCCCGCGAGCGUGAGCGGGAGCGAGGCCAGCAAGCGCAGCCCAAGCCGUUCCAUACCCAUCUCUGCCCGCCCUGGCGGCGCGCUCGACGAGGCGCGGGCCCUGCUGGGGACAAGUCGCCAUGCUAGUCCAAGGAGCUACGGCGCGCUUUCUAGUCUGCGGUAG